AUGGACCUACCCAUCGAACUGCUUCUGGGGAGUGCACCAGAAAGGCAGCGAUACCUGCGGGCGGUGCAUAUCCUCUUCAACAGCGUCGGUGAUGCACUGAAAGCAAACGCUCGCCAGCAACUUCUCAUGGCCACAGCGAAUGAUUUGACGCGAGGUCUGAGCGUAGCCGAUUUCUGUCAGUUUCGCAGGAAGUGUUUCGAAAAUGAGGACUGGUGUAAGUGUGUAUACCCACUUCUCGAGCAAGAUGAGAACGUUGUUGCUGAUCGGGCGGAAGCGGCAGUGCAGGAGGCGCUUUCGGCUGUCAGAUUCCCCGGAGGUGGAGAGAGCAGCACCGAACCUGUUCUGGUCUUUUUAUCGACUUCAAAGAGGAGCCGUUCGGAAAUAGCGGAGGAAUUUGAAAUACCGGGAAAACUGAGGUUAGCAGAAGUUUUUGCCAAUGUGGGUGAUUACGGGGCAAUGUAUGACACCCUCACGCAUCUCUUUGUUCCCUUGCAGUCCGGCCUCCAACUAACGGCACGUUCGCACAGGUUACCACUUUUGCUCCUUCAGCUACAAGUAAUCAAAAGAACCACAGAACUGUGGCUCGGAGCUGGAAACGUGGAAGCCGUACGUGGCUACGUGGGGGAAUCAACUAGUACUGUGUUAACCGAUGCAGUACAAGCCAUAGCGGUUGAAAACGGGAGCGGUUCUGUAUACUUUCCGAGUCAUCAAGUUACUGUAGAAGCGGUAACGGACGAGAUAGAGCAACUGCUACUGUUUUUUUCCAUUGUUCGCGCCCUCUGUCUCUUUGAAAGUGGUGAUUUUUGUGGGUUUGUGUGUUCUUUUACACCUGAAGGCCUACGAGGGACAAACUGGGCUCAGGCGGCUGGAGAUAUGCUUGUAGAACGGGGUGCGACACAAGUCGCAGCAUCUUUUGGAGGGCGCAUUAGCAGACCUGGUGUACUUCCUGUCAUUCAUAAUCUGCGACGUGUUGUGGAGGAGAGCGUUACAACAGGGGUGCAGCUGGGUGCCAUGCUCUUGCUUUCCGCCGUUGCGACACGACCACGCGCGGAGGCAAUGGAGCUUGUAACGCGUAUAGAUAUUAUGCAACUCUGGGAAGAUAUACCCGAAGCUCACACGCUCGUUCACGCUCUACAACAGGCGAACUUUGCAGACGCCCUUCACGCAGCAUCAGUGCUCGCAUUCGUGUACCUAAAGACCGACUUGUUUGCUUAUAAGCACUGCGAAUGUUUAUUAUAUCAGUAUAAACAAACUGUUAUAAUGAGAUACGUUAGCUGUUUCAUCAGCCUUGACUUAAAAAGGGCUGCUAUGCAUCUGUCAAUCCCUCUUCGGGAGUUGGUACACAUUGUGCGAGAGCUGAUAGAGAAGGAACACAUUUCAGCGAAGAUAGACCUUGUGGCGUAUAUGCUAGUGAGUGCGGACGCGUUUUCACCAACUGACACUGCAGCAACUGACAGGAAUCUACUUUUUGAUUGCAUUAACCGCAGCAGAAAAUGCGCCGAGGAACUCGAACAGUCGUUACGUCUUUUGUCCGCACAACGGGAUAAUGCCUCAUCUGGGGUGGAGUUUGGACCAUAA